AUGAGAAAAACCAACAUGUGGUUCUUGGAGCGGCUUCGGGGGACUGGGGAAAACGGUGCCACCCGGGGUGUGGGGGGCGAGUCGGGGGACAAGGCCUCCAAAGGGCCCCUGUACAGCAACGUGCUGACACCCGACAAGAUCCCCGACUUUUUCAUCCCCCCCAAGCUGCCCUCGGGCCCCACAGAGGCUGAGGGACAGGCCACGCUGGGCCCGUCCACGUCAGAACAGAACCUGGCCUCUGCCUCGCCCUGCCGUGCCCCCCGGAGCCCCCGACUGCCGGCCAAGCUGGCAGCCGAGAGCAAGAGCCUGCUGAAGGCAGCCACCCGGCACGUGAUCCAGAUUGAGAGCGCGGAGGACUGGCCAUCCGAGGAGGCCACCAACGCUGACCCCCAGGCCCAGGGCGCCAUGUCCCUGCCCUCAGUGCCGAAGGCCCAGACGUCCUAUGGCUUUGCCACGCUGGCUGAGAGCCCCCACACUCGUCGAAAGGAGUCUCUGUUCCACAGUGAGCAUGGGGCCCUGGCCCAGGUGGGCUCCCCAGGCACCGGGCGCCGUCGGGCUGGGGCCAAGGCCAACGGGGCUGAUGGGGGGUCCAGGGAGGCUGGCGGGGCUCUCAUGAGCCCCAGCCGCUACUUCAGUGGUGGGGAGAGUGACACUGGGUCCUCGGCCGAGUCCUCCCCUUUCGGGUCCCCUCUGCUCUCCCGCUCUGUGUCGCUGCUCAAGGGCUUUGCCCAGGACAGCCAGGCCAAGGUGAGCCAGCUCAAGCACUCAGUCGGCCGCCACGGCUCCCUGUCAGCCGAUGACAGCACGCCAGACACCAGCCCUGGGAUCCGGCGCCGCCUGACCCGCCGGGCCACCCCGGAGCCAGGCCCCGAGUCCGGCCAGACGCCCCGCAGGGAGCACACCAUUCGGAUGGGCCCGAGGGGCAGCGUGCGGCUACUGGCAGAGUACGAGGCAGCCCAUGCCCGCCUGCGGGUUCGCCUGCUGGCCGCCGAGGGCCUGUACGACCGCCUCUGCGAUGCCCGCAGCAUCAACUGCUGCGUGGGCCUGUGCCUCGUGCCCGGCAAGCUGCAGAAGCAGCGCAGCACCAUCAUCAAGAACAGCCGCAACCCGGUCUUCAACGAGGACUUCUUCUUCGACGGCCUGGGGCCGGCCAGUGUCCGAAAGCUGGCUCUCAGGAUCAAGGUGGUCAACAAAGGCAGCAGCCUCAAACGGGACACGCUGCUCGGGGAGGAGGAGCUGCCUCUGACCUCCCUGCUGCCGUUCCUGUAGGGCUGCCUGCCCCAGGGACGGUCCCCCAC